GGCAGGAUCAACUGUUGAGAGAAUAUUUUGAGCAGGUUUAGGAGUCUUCGAAAGAACUCUCAAUGCAGAACAAAACACACACCUUUUGGCAGAUUCGCUUCUUUAAAAGAUAAAAACAAUUAUUUACCAUUAAGCCAUUUAACCACAGCGGAGGGCUUUCAGCUUGCAGCUGUAUGUGCACUACCCAGUGGAGCCAACUUGGGGAAAGAAACAUUUGAAGAACAUCUCUCCAACACUUUUAUUUAUCUGAAGUGGGGUUUGGAAAGUCGCAGCAUGCCAUAUUUCAGCACACUGUGUGUGUACUUUUUGAUGGUCCUGAUCCCAGUCAUGACAAACACCAUCACCGAGGAGAUAGACGUUUUGGUAUUUGUACCACAAAAUAAUUCUUACCUUUUUUCAUAUACAAGAGUCGCGCCAGCGAUCCGUUACGCGCAACAGAGGCUGAAGACAGAUGGAGGACAGUACUCCGGCUUCCACUUCAACAUCCAGUUUGAAAACUCCGACUGUGCUAAUGAUGCUCUGUUUCUGUUAGUGGACAGGUCUUGCGGGCAUGAUAAACCAGAUCUGAUUCUUGGUCCGGUGUGCGAGUACGAGGCGGCGGCGGUGGUAAGGCUGGCAUCCCACUGGAACAUCCCGGUGAUCUCAGCAGGUGCCCUGGCCGCCGGCUUCAGCAACAAGAACAACGAGUACUCCCACCUGACCCGCAUCGCUCCGUCCUACGUGAAAAUGGCAGAGACCUUCACCGCGAUGUUUGAGCACUUCACCUGGAAGAGCGCACUGCUGGUCUACGAAGACGACAAGGAGGAGCGGAACUGUUACUUCACUCUGGAGGGAGUCUAUCAUCUGAUGGCUGACUUUAACAUUAAAACAUAUGCUUUUCCUCAGGGGGGUCGCUUGGACACUGACGACAUCCUCCACAACAUUUAUGACAUCGAAGUGGUGAUCAUGUGCAUGGGAGCAAACAACAUACGAGAGAUCAUGCUGGCUGCACACAGACGAAGGCUGACCAAUGGCAAUUACAUCUUCUUUAAUGUUGAACUCUUCAAUGCCUCUUCUUAUGGCAAUGGCUCGUGGAAGAGAGGGGAUGAAUAUGACAACGAUGCGAGACAAGCUUAUGCUUCUCUGAACACUGUGACACUACUCAAGACAGUCAAGCCUGAGUUUGAAAACUUCUCCAUGGAAAUGAAAAUGUCCUUCAAAAAAGCUGGGUUCCUUGACUGCGAAGACUGCGGAAGUGUCAACAUGUUUGUUGAGGGAUUCCAUGAUGCCAUUUUGCUGUAUGCCAUCGCCUUGCAUGAAGCAAUGAAAAAUGGCCACAGUAAGAGGAAUGGAACAGAGAUCACCUCACGUAUGUGGAACCGAACUUUUGAAGGCAUCGCAGGCCAGGUGUCCAUGGAUGACAAUGGUGACAGAAAUGGGGAUUUCUCUUUGAUGACUAUGACAAAUGUUGAGGCAGGAACGUAUGAGGUGGUGGCCAACUACUUUGGUGUUAAUGGAACUUUUCAGCUGCUGCCUACCUUCAACACUGACCACUUCACCCUGAAGGGAAGAUAUAAAGCACAUGCAGAGAAACCAGCCAAGUCAUGUGGACUAGGAGUAUCAGCUUUAACUGGAGUUAUAGUGGGGGCUGUUCUAGGAUCUGCAAUGCUUAUCGCAUUCUACUUUUUCAGAAAAAACUACAGGAUUACCAUUGAGCGUCGCACACAAAGUGAAGAGCAUGACACUGGGAAGCACCGUCAGUUACGAGAGGACUCUAUUCGGUCAAACCUCUCAGCAGCAUAAAUGGCAGCAGCAGCAGUCCUGUCACAUAUCUUUAUGUGACCAAAGACUUUGCAAUGCAUUCCAGUGGAGCCGAGCUGUUGAGACAUUUUGUGUUUUUACCCUGUAAUUUCUCUUGAUUUAUUGUAACUCAGGACAGUUCUCGCCGUCACAAAGCACCACUUACUUGGAUUUUCCUCUUGAAAAGGUAUGUGAUUGUAUUGGUGUACUGAAAACUUGGCCAUUAAAUUCUGAUUUCCUUUA